GCUCUCUGGAAGCAGUGCUGACGGUUAGUCUGAGUUUGAGACUCUGAGACCCUGUUGUUUUACGGCUUCUUUACUCUCAAUUUCAAAUCAAAAAGACCCAUUAUCUACGCGAGGAGGUCAAUUAGCAAAAAAAGUUUAUCCAACGCAAAACAAGUAGGAAGAUUUAAAAAAUAACAAAAAUAAUUACGUCAAAUUUAUUAGAACCGACUUUUAAGAAGCAAAAUGUGUAAAAUUGCGAGGGUUGUGUAGCAAAGAAAGCAGUACGAAUCCAUUCAUUAGUGUUUGUGUGUCUGCUACUGUAAAAAGCUGAAUUCACAAUGGUGUGAGUAAAGUGAUUUAAAGUUUGUAUCAACUUUCCUUACGCUCAGUUGCUGUACUGUUAUCAACGCGAGUUCUAUCUCUCGAGCAAGAGCUACAAAUUCUAAAUUCUGUAAACAACAGUCCAAUCAGCGUGUUCAUCUGGGAGGAACAGACAAAUGUGUCUCCACGUGGAAAAUUCUGAAAAUCUCUAUUUGUGAAAGUUGAAAGUGCGAAAAUGUUUUUAGUUUUGUCGAGUUACUGGCGGAUCGAAUUGCGUUCAUUAUUCUCUCACUCGCAGUCGUCGUCUGUCUCUAUUUCCUCCAAACUUGGCUGUCAACCCACCAUUUAACAUAUACGGACAAAUAACCUGUAUUUUCCGUAUUUUUCCCAUUCCAUCCGUCUCUCGCUAAAGGCUGCAGCUCACGGCGGCGUCAUUAUUACUGGAAAUCUAUGUUUGAGCUUCGUGUUAACACGUGGAGACGUGUUAUAAUUUAAUUCGACAUCAUUUCUUGAACUAACAUUGAAUUUCAAGUUCAUCCACGUCCAGCUCAAGUGAACUAACUCCCUCGUGAUUGAUCAUGUACAAAGACGCGAUGCUGCAAACAAAAGUGUCGGACAGCGAACAAGUCAGUUUUUGAGUACAUGUGUAGCUCAAGUUGUGCGAACCAUGUAAAACAAGUUGGAGAAAUUUUUCUUGUUCUGUCAUCCUUCACCUAUGUACACGAUUCUGGUGUGACAUGUUGUGGGCGAAGCAGUGGUAGAGAGUGAAAGGAGGCCGCUGCUGAUUGUACGGUGAACUGAACUGUACCCGAAAACUAGUAAACUAGAACAUCCAUUUGUCAGAUAAAUCCAUUUCUGUCUACAUACUUUUUUCACCCGUAUAAUUUCUUCAUACGAUAUCCAUCCAUAAUCUAAAAAUCCACACACUGAGAUUAUUGGAUGCCUAGCGUCUAGCCCCCGCUCCUCAACCCUGCGUGGAUGCCAAUGCUGUUGUACGUUUUUGCGAAACACAACCUUCAAAACUCUGGAGAGUAAACUAAACGAAACUGGGUUUCUACUCUCUGUCAUAGCCAGAAGCAGGAGGAGCAGUGCUCGUUAUUACUAAAAUGUAACGAGAGCUAUCCAUCAAUGUCUAUAAAAAUACCUUUGAAAAUGAGACUCCAGAGUGUAGACGGGAUCCACAACAGCGUUCUGAAAUUCAGUGAGAAAAAAGAAACCCUUCCUUCGAAGGAUGAUGAUAAUAUUAUGGAAGCGGCCAAUUCUCCUUCACAUACUCUGCAAUAAGAUUUAAAUUCGAUACUUGUCGAGUAUUUUGUUGUCUUUUCUCCAGAAAAUGUAAAAUUAUAUCCAUUCAAUAGUUCCCUUGUACAAUUUACUACAAAAGGAAGCACCGUGCUCCAAUAUUCAGCCAACUAGGAGAGCAAAAUCGGAGAAAAUAUUAUUAUUAUUCAUAGCCCACGCCGUUCCUCGGUGCAUGCAGAAGCCAUCGACACUCUAUACCACAUAUUUAGCCAGUCCAUGUAGUCAGUGCUGCUGGCGGAAGAAUGAAUAGUAUGUGAAAGUAGUGGUGCAAUAAAUUUUGUACAAGUCGUUCCCAAAUUGAUGCUUGCCUGGUCAUACGCGCGCAAUUCUGUAAUGUGAAUAUACAUCCGCGUAUUACGGAAUGAAAUACGAAUCAAACUUUGGAAGCAAUGAGAACAAGAGCAUUAAUUCUUGCGAACUUUCCCCACUUUAUACAUUUUCUUUCUCUCGCUUUCACUCUCGUGGGCAAGUUCCGCGUAUUGUAUUGAAUUGCGAAGGAAGGAAAUAAUGUGUCAUUUUUAGGAAUAAAUCGACACAAAAGAAGACACUUGAGAGGGAUGGAGCAGGAGUCAGAGAAGGUGUGAAAAAGAUAAGCCACGAGAUAAAUGUAUUGAACACUUGAAUCGAGUUUGACUUCUCUCUCUCUGACCAGAAAUAGCGAGCAAGUACUGCUACUGGCGAAAAAAGUCACAAGAAGCAGUGGUGGAAACCUCGAUCUUCCAUCCCUGUGCUUUAUACAAGAUUAAAAGUUCUUCAUCUGUCUCCUUCCGUGAGUUAGAGUGUGGAAGCAUCUGCACCCUCAUCUCUGCAGGCAGCUACUCCGAGGCUUUAACAAACUGUGUAGAACAGAGUGAGGAGCCCAGCAUCGGAUAAAAUAUUGGACACCCAGUUUUCCUCUCUGGAAAGAAAUGGCCAGAACAUGACUGGGGGCUUUUGGGCAUUUCUUCUUCACAAGACAUAAAUUUGAUAUGGGACAACGUGCGUACGUAAGAUGUUUUAUGCCGUGCCAAUUCCAAACUGCUUGGGCAGGGUGGCCAAUAAUAUAAUCCUCCUUCACACUGCUGCCGGCUCAAUUUGUGAGUGAGACUUAAAAAAAUCGGAUCAAAAUUGAGACUUGGAUUUGCCACCAACUCCGCAAUAUGAAUCCGCAAUAUGACUCCGCAUAUUGAAUUCAGACUUGUUUGAACAUUUGACACGAGAAGACAUUCUUGUAUUAUUGCUUUGUCGUUAAUCUGCCACAAUUGGGAUUGACAAAAGUGAAUGAGUGACUUGAGCCGAGUUUAGGCUGAUUUACGUACACACUUUUCGACAAAGGUCUCGCAUGAGUCGGUAAAUAAGAGAGAUCGAGAAAAUUGUGGGCUUCCUUGAUAAUUUCUACAGCUUUUCACUAACGGGUCGAAUAAUAAGUAAUGUAAUUGAAUAGGACGCUCCAACAAUCCCUUCUUGAAUAUAGGACACAUUAUUGUGCUUACUGACUUGACUCGUGGUUUGCUGAAUGAGUGAAAUAGUCAGUUAGCACGUGUAUGGUGCUCUGUGCUGAAGUAUUGAUUGGCAAUCAUCUUCGUUGUUAAGGCAGGAUACACGGUACGGAAAUCAUUCGAAAACCUUGAAUAUUAAUAACUAUCCAGUAUCGACGAAUAAACGGGUUAUACGACUCAAGACUAUUUAUUCGCCCACUUCUUAUCUGUCAAUGGAAUCAUUACUAUUUAUACGUACAUUCAAUGUAAACUAAACUAGUGUACAUUGUUACAAUUUAAAAUUUAAGUGUGGCACGCGUAAUUAAUAAUUAUGAGUUGUGUGAAGAAGGAGAAAAUGUUCAUAUAGAUAUUCGGUGAAUAUUAUUGGUGUGCCAUGUAAUUAAACCGUAUCCAAAACUCAUAGAUAUUUUCCCUAUAAAAGAACAUGGAAGACCAGUCUCUACCAUUAUUGCAAGUCAACAGCAUGUCCUCGUGUAAUAAUAAGCGUAACUUCAAACGGAGGCGGAAUGGGCGAAGUCACUCAGUUUUCCACAUUUGGAACAGGGAUAAACGAAGAGAGGAAAGUGAAGCUUUUAAAUUGAAAUUGAACAAGAGGUCGAUUUUGAGUCGACCCUGCCAUGCCAAGUAUAAUGAUAAUUAUCAAAAAUACGGGUUCCACUCUAGCCAAAGACAUUUUCCUUUUGAAGACGAACCUUUAUCUUCCUUCACCAAAUUGUCAAAGGCCACGACAUCAACUUGUGGCAGCUCUUCUGCUGCUUGUCCCAAUGGUGACAAAAUUUCUAAAAUUCUUCCUCCUUCUCCUCCUCCUCUUCUUCUACCAGCGUCAUCAGAACCCUUCCUAUUCUCUUCACCAAUUUCUUCAAAUUGGUGGCAGAGUGGCCAAACGGACCUCCAGAAUGGAGAAAGAAGAGACCAGGACCACCACCUACAGCCACGACUGGCAGCAGAAGAACGGGUGAAAGUAGGGACGACGGAAUUAGAAUUAAUGCCGAAGUCAAUACCAUUACCUCCACCUUCUCUGCUCGCCAGCAAUGUGCCGCACGGCCCAAGGACUAAUAGUGGAGUGUGGCAUCGUCAGCAUCAAUUGCAAUCUCCUUCUUCCAGUGUGCGUCGUCCUUCUUCUCCACGAUUAUCAAAAGUACCCAGUGUAGUAGCAGCUCAACUAAUACUUAUUAGAUUAUUGAGCUUGAUACUGAGAGUGACAUGCAUUAGCCAUUAUUGCUCCAAAUUGUUCUUCUCCUUCCCUCCUUUCUCCACCUUCAGGAGAAGCAGCAGCAGCAGCAGCAGCCACCACCUUCUCCAUUCUCCCACUUUUGAUCUCAAGUCGCCAGAGAAAAGGUCGUCGUCUCCUCGGCCGACACGCUUGUGGACGUCCUUUCUAUUACGUCCGUCAUGGCUGUGGUCUAAUGUGGCAUCCUCCUCGCCAACACCUCCUGCUCCUCAACAACCACUGCCACUCUCAUCAUCUUGUACAGGUGGUAGAAGAAGAUGCGGGUUUUGUGUCAGCGGCUCAAGGAGAAGGAGCGGUGGCGGUUGUUGUGAUGGGAUGAGGAAGAGAAAGCCGUCGUCCACCACUCUCACCACCAGCGAGUCCCAUCCGACUUUCUCCAAUGGACCCCUCAGCAAGCGUGUCAGGUGUCAAAUUAGUUCAGUAAGAAGUGAUUUCAUCUACAUAAUCGUUUUUGCUCUCUGCGUACUUUUACCAAAUGUCGCCCCCGUCAUCACAUCCAACGAGAUCCACGUUUAUCCAAUGGACUCGGCAUCAAGUGCCGACCGAGCGGAAGCAGAAAUCUCUGCCCCUGUGGAGGGAGUUGUCGGGAAGAGGACCGAUAUGACUUGUGAUAUCUCCUCAAAUCGCCGUGACGAUUCAGUCUACAUGGUUUUGUGGUUUCGUGGCGAUGAGAGCAUCCCGAUUUACAGCUUGGACGUGAGAGGCAAGCAUUUCAGUGCCGCAAAACAUUGGUCUGCCGACGUUCCAUUUGGGAAACGUGGGCAUUUUCAAACCACAUCCGAGCCUGCAAGACUAAUCGUAGAACCUGUAAAGGUAGAAGACCAAGGUGUUUAUCGGUGUCGAGUGGAUUUCCGUAAUUCACCAAGUCGUGAGAGUCGAUUGAACUUAACCGUCAUUGUGCCUCCACAAGAACCGCAAAUUUUCGAACACACGGGUAUGAACGUUCGAGGUGAGGUGGGACCCUAUCGCGAAGGAUCGACGAUAGAAUUAACGUGCAUCGUCCGCGAUGGAUUCCCAAGUCCAUUGGUCAUGUGGUACCUAAACGACGAUCUUGUGGACUCUUCAUACCACGCGGAAAAUGAGAAUCAAGUUAUAAAUCACAUUUCAGUGCCAAAUAUUCAGAGAAGUCAGCACCGAGCUAAUCUGGAGUGCCGUGCACGGAAUACGGUUCUUAUCUCUCCCGUAUCAAAGACUGUCAGCAUUGAACUCAAUUUACGUCCUCUAUCCGUGUCGAUAUUGCAGCGACACAGCCAACUUUCUACACAUACUCAGUAUGAAAUUACAUGCGAGUCUUGGGGAUCGCACCCUCCUCCCACUCUGCUUUGGUUCUUGGAAGGUCAAGAACUAAAGGGGGUUACAACAGAGGAAUCCAGGUCAAGUAAUACUUCAGUGUCCAGGCUGCUCUUCACUCCUACUCCAGAGUUUGAUGGGAAACGCUUGAUUUGUCGAGCCUCAAACCCUCUGCUGCCUGGCACUGCAAUCGAGGACUUUUGGCAGCUACGCGUUGUGUAUUCGCCAAUAUUGUCUCUUCGGUUGGGGUCCUCUAUCAACCCGAACGCAAUCAAGUUCCAAGACGAUGUUUACUAUGAAUGUGUAAUCAGAGCUAAUCCGCCUGCUGUAAAAUUAACAUGGUACCACAAUGGAGAAAAUCUGAAACAUACGCCAACUUCGGGGAUCAUAAUGUCCAAUCAAAGCUUGGCCCUCCAGAAAGUAACAAGAGCUUCUGCAGGAAUUUAUGUAUGCAGUGCCACCAAUAAUGAGGGUGAAGGGCGAUCUAAUCCGGUUGAGCUGAAAGUGAUGUAUGCUCCGACCUGUCGAAAUGACUUGUCAAGUGCAGAAGGAACCCCAGUAAUUAUCGCUGCCUCUCGGUCAGAGGACGUAAACAUAACUUGCGAGAUGGAUGCUCUGCCAGAGUCCUUGCGAUUCCACUGGGCUCACACAAAUACGGUUGGAGAAGCUGUGGAUUUGGAGCCGGAGAUUUACACCAGCCAAGGAUCAAAAAGUUUUCUUUUCUACAACCUCCGCUCCGAAGAGGAUUUUGGAACGCUUCUGUGCUGGGCUCAGAACUCCAUUGGGACUGCGGAGAGGCCGUGCAUAUAUCAGAUCGUGCCCGCCGAUACGCCUCAACCUGUGGAAAACUGCAGCAUUAUAAAUCGGACGAGCACAUCUGUGGAAAUUACAUGUGAGCCAGGAUUUGACGGAGGACUCCCACAGUCAUUUUACCUCGAAGCUUUCCAAGCUGCACCUGCAGAUCGUCGUGGACUCUAUUUUAAUAUUUCGUCAUCCAGUCCAACUUUCUCUCUAAGUGGAUUAGAUCCUGAUGGAACCUUUCACUUUAAAAUUUAUUCCGUCAACAGGAAGGGCAGAAGUUCACCUUCGAUCAUGGACAACAUUGCACUAAACUAUCCAUCAAUGCAAUCUGCAAAAGUUCGAGAUUUGGAGAAAACCACAAUUGCCAUCAUCAUCGGUGCCUCCUCGGCGGUCUGCCUCUCGGUGGUCUCCCUAAUUAUUUUCAUAGUGCACCGAAUCAAGAAUCCCAUUAAUGCUCCAGAGUUGGAAAAGUCGUACAGCCGAGAGUUUCGACCAUCGCGUCGAUCUUCCACAAACGAUGAGCUCUACCACCACAAUUCUAAAAAGCCAACCAACACAAUUGAUAUUCCUUUUCCUGCAACAAAUGAAAAUGACUUGGAUGAAGAGGAUCCAGAUUUAAUACCAUCAACAAGAAACGUGAAAACGGGCAUGGGGAAGACUUACUCGCGUCUGAGUAAUGGAGAAAUUAAUCAACGUUAUGGGGUCGGAUUCGUUGAAAAAAUUCCUUUGAGGACUGUAGACCCCGAUGUACCAUUAACAAUGGAACAACACUCAGGCUUGUCUAAUUACGCCACGUUUAGGACCAACAAACCCAAUGGGUAUGGACUACAGCACACAAGACAAGGACCACCCACCCGACCAAUAGUGAGCAGCUCGGGCAGUUUUCAUGGGAAACCUUCAUCCGUCGUUGUCAAUAUUGAUACCAGAUUAAUAGGCCAACAGUUAGCUUCGAAUCAACUUCCAGAGAGCUGUGUUUAGCCAGGGAGAGAAUUUGAAUGGAUUGUGAGUGCAUUUAUCACAGUCAUUGCCAACACGGUCCAGUGACUAAAUAUCUCUCCCAUGGAUAGCUACGAAGACUCUUCAACCUGUAACUACAUAUAAUUUCGUCCUGCCACCACCACGAGGCAGCCGACAAAAGGAGAAAGAAGUCUUUCUCAGCUCCCUCGUAGUAGUUACAUGACAACACAUUCUUUGCCUUCCGGAUUCUCUCAAGAACUUUCUCUCAUGACUCUGUGGCUCAACUCCACAUGCAGAUUCCUCGACUCCUCCGUCGGCUUCCUUCCUUCCUUUCACCAACUGAUGAUUGGAUUUUUGGUACAAGUUACUCAAAUUAAUCAUGUCACCAAGAACACGCCCAAUAUUUGGAUUACAGAAUGUGCGUUGUGUGUUAACAAUGGAACGAAGCUUCAACUUCCAGUCGACUUCUCCGUCAUCAUGUUGGUCUUCUCAACUUGUGUAGCGCUUUACAACACGUACUCUAGUGUCGUAUGUAUACAUGACGAUGAGCUGACAAACACGUACUUGAAAUCUUAAAUAAAUUCGCCAUUGUGACAAAAUAUAAAAUGUUCUCGGGAUGUGUGAGAUUCAAAAAUAUAGUUCAAAGCUUCAACACCUCACACGUGCGUGUCAAAGUGACUUGAUACAAAUCAUAAUAAUAAUACUAAAAAUUAUUACCUUCUUCAUAUUAAUUCUCACAAGUUGAUGCUACCAAAUAUAUCAAAUGAGAUACGCAUUAAGAAGUAACAUCACCAGAUGAAACCGCACUACCACAUCUACCCAACCUUCUUAGCUGGUUGUGUGGAAACAUAACCGUAAUCAUACAAUUUUACGGUAUGACUACCAUUACACAAUUCAACGUGGGUGUGUGAGCCCGCAGUACAAAUCUGAUGGAAACCAGGCUCGGUUCUCACUAAAGUAUGACUGACGGAAACCGUGAGAGGAAAUGAAACGAGGGAAAGGAGCGCAAAACUGACAAAAGUGGUUACUUUGCAGCGGCGUGGUUUCAAAAGUAUGAGCUGUGUUCGCUCUUCAUGCAAACUAUAUUAAACAAUUACCUCCAGUGCAGUAUCAUCAUCCAUCUACUUCCACCUUGACAAAAGUGUAACGUUAACUGCAUAUUACAUAUUGUGUGCAUCUGCUCCAUUAUCAGGUAGAUUAAUUGCAUGCAGGACGACAUGCUUUGUCUCAUUAAUUUAGCACUAUCUGAAUCUUUUGUGAAUUAUGAUGCGAAUUAUGAUGAUCCGUUCCAUUGUCAUGGCAGCAAUUUCCCAGCCCAACUGUAGACGACCGUCACAAGGUGCACAGCACAAGAAGGAAUACAAGUUUGCAUUAAAGCAAUCGAGUAAAUGUGACAUGGCAGGCUAAAUUCAACUUUAGCAAAACACUUCCUCUUUCCAGUCGUGAGCUAUCCUAUGCUUGAAGCAAUCCAACCAAUUAAAUCAAGUUUCUACCUCUCUCUGUGGACUUGAAGUUUAACGGUUUGAGUCUAAAAGUGUGACUGAAUGUGUGGUGCAUUGUUUCCUAAUUCUAAUGGAUUUAAGCCCAUCCCACCACCGAACAAGACUGUGAAAUCUACAUUAUGACAGAAGCAACAACGACACAUUUCUGCAUCUUUUAAUAAGAAGAUUAAUUCUGCUGAACUCGUAUAUUUAUGGUGUUAAACUUUCCACUCAAUUUCUUAUCCAGCACCCUUUACGGCAUUUAAAUUUGGCUAACUGCGUAAAUUACAACGAGACAUUUUAUGGGACCUCGACCCACUUGUAUAUACAUAAAUAAAUAAAUAGAUUGUAAUAAUUAUUGAAAUUAAAAGUAAUGCUAGCAUAAUGAGUAGCAGAGUUGCGAAUGCUGUUUGAGAUGGCAGACUACAUUUUCAUGUUUUACUACGAUCCCUUAAGUUGAGGUUGUGAUAUGGUCGAAUGAGCUUGUCUAGUUGCGUCUUGUACAAUUUAUUCUGCUGCUGCCGCAGUUAUUGGGAUAGGCUCUGACCAUUUUUGUGUUGAUUCUUCAAGUAUUUAACAUUCUGCAGAAAGGAAUUGAAGAUGGCCAUUUCGAUCCCACUGUUAUUGCUGUACUUACACUUAUCUCUAUCUUAAUGCAUUACACACCAUUUCCAUCCUUGCUAAGAAAACCAACAUCGCGAGAAGGAGAAACUCUGCUGCAUAGGGCUGCUGCUGAUGUAGAUGAGAUUUCUCUUCACAUUUGCCAUUCCGAUUCGAUUGAGAUUUGGAUUGAGAUGCCCUUUCAUGGGCGAUGGCCACAUUUCACAUCCAAAUCAUCUGCCCUCACUACGACACGCGGAACCCCAGGAAUCUCCUCGAAUCCAACCUCUUAUCUCCUGGAUGGAUGGGCAAAUGUUGCUGUUAUUGCUGUGAGUAAAACUAAACCUGGUUCAAAGUUCACAUCCAUGUACAGUAAAACGAGUGAGGAGAACCAUUUCGAAAUGCCCGUGUCUCGGAUUUGAAACCAAACCACCGUAACUAACCAACCAACCACUCUCCCCAACAAUACCUCGGAAGACGCUUGAACACUUAAACUUUCCCCAUGCGAAACCAUUUACAUGCUGCCUCCGCCCAGAUAAAAAUAAACGAAGGGUGUUGAAUGACUCGUCUUUUUUUAGAAAUUGAGUCCAUCGUCGUUCCUAAGAGUGACCAAGAAUGUGUGGCAUUGUCAUCUGCAGGCAGUAGCAGGAUCAAAUUCACCACCCAGCAAGAGUGCUUCGUGUGUCUAAUCAUUAUUAUCAACAUUCUGCUUUCCAUGUGUUCCUACAUGUAAUGCGUUUAGAAUGACGAUAAUCAAUUCCUUCCCAAUCGUCAUGAGGUGCGAUAGAGAACUUAAAUGGCGCAGAAAUGUGAAUCUAUUUGGUGUAAUGAGUCCCCUUAAUAGAACAUAAUAUGAGUGUUUUUUGUUUCUUUUUGGUGCGUGCGCGUACGUUUGUAAGCAAGUGUAAAAGUUAAAAAAAAAGAAAAGAAAAAUGAAUAUGCUACAUAAAUAAGGGUGAACAGAAAUUAAUGUACUGUGUGCUAAUACGGUUUGUAUUUAUAUAUAAUAAUAUAUGUAAUAGAGAUGGGGAAAGUCAAGAAUAUACAGCAUAAAAAUAAACUAUGAGAUAUCAUGACUGAAAAUACAAAUGACAACUGUAUUACUAUUAUGACAACCUUGCCUAAAAGUAGAAGAAAAGAAAAAUGAAAUUGAAUGUAUUUAAUUUGUUGAAAUCUACAAUAUUUUAUGUACACACAUACUCAUAAAGUGACAAAACUGAAUUGAAAACUGGAUAGAUUGCUAAAGUAAGAGCGUGAAUUUACUGUGCGAUCCUUUUCCCUUCUUGGCAGGAAAUAGUUGAAAAAGUUUUGACAAUUUCCUCUCUCAAAUUAUUAUCCCAUGUUGCACACUCGAGUUCUCUUCUAUCACGAGGGAACAUUACUCAAAGUACUUUGCAGGAUUGGAGUGAAAGUUGUGAAAGUGAGAACAAGAUGGGUUGUGUAUCAUCAUUGACUAUUAAUGAUUUGGAAUGAUUUUACCAUACAAAGUGAGUGAGAAUCGUGCACAAUGGUUUGGAAUGAUCACAAUGUAAAAUUCUAGAUUACAAAUUGUACAAAGUGAAUGGCGUGGUUUACAUAUAAUAAUUUACAUGUGUAGCUAUUUAAGUAUGUCUAUAAAUCGGUAUAUACUCGUGGUAAAUAGUUGGAGUUGUACCAUUUUUAACACUUACAUUGAUUAGUUCCUACUAUAAAAGAUAGAUAUACAUACGAUUGAAUUAUGGUAAAUGGCGCCCAUUUAAUCAUGUCGUGCAUAUUGUGCAUAUAUUAUACUGUCAACUGUCUACUUAAUAAAAUAAUAAAAUAUUUCUGAAACAAAUUACGAA